UUAUCACAAUACUGACAUUGAGUAUAUAUAGUGCUCGCCAUUCACAAGAAGCUAGACGAACAAUCUAUACAUCUAGGAUGGUACGAGGUACUCAAGUCAGCGGAAGCGAUACGAAUCCCAUGGUCACGCUCUACCAGCUAGGGCGCGCUCCACAUUCGCCAAGUCUUACGCCAUUUGCAAUCAAACUUGAAACCUAUCUACGGGUAGCAAACAUUCCAUAUAAAAAUGACCACAGCGGAAAAUCUAGCUCCAAGGGAAAAUUUCCUUGGAUCUCAUAUAAUGGAAAGAAAAUUGCCGACUCAGAAUUCUGUAUCGAAUUUCUGAACAAGGAACGAAAUAUUGAUCUUAACAAUCAUUUAAGCGCCGAACAGAGAGGCGCUGGACGAGCUCUUCAGAAGAUGGUGGAGGAAAAUACGUACUGGACUGUAGUUCUCGACCGUUGGGUGUAUGACAAGACGAACGGAGCUCCCACUGCUUUAGGGGUCCCUAAAAUACUGCGGUGGCUCUUUAGGUCAAGGAUUAAGACCGCGGCCAAAAAACAAGGGAUGGGACGACAUACCCAAGAUGAAGUCGAACAAAUCCUGCGUAGUGACAUCAACGCCGUUUCUGAUUAUAUUGGCACAAAGAAGUUUCUGUUUGGAGAUGCAGUGUCCCAGUAUGACUGUGCCGUAUUUGGUAUGAUGGCAGCUAUGUUCUAUGAACCAUUUGGUGGAAUAGCUAGAGGCGUCAUUACUGAUUUUCCCGUUGUGCGUGGCUACUGUGAUCGCAUGAAGGCGGAGUUCUGGCCGGAUUGGGAAGAAUGUACGACCGGCGGAGGAACCAGGCAGGCCACCAAAUAGUCAUCACUAUUCUUGCGUACCUCUACCUGUAACUUUCUGACAUCAUAUGUACGUGGAAUGUAAUGAGGACAAUUCAUCACUUACACGCUAUAUGCUAGUCCAAGUAAACGACAUUUGACUGCAUACAUGUAUCUCCUAAACGGCAUUUAUCAUCACGUUUACUAAACGUCAUUAGUUCACACAUCGACAAAACGUCAUAGGCCAAAUAUCUCCCCUGCGUGGUAGAACAACAUAAUACAUUACGUCACUAGGUACCUUUUCUCAAUCAAAUGACAAUUAACCUCUCCUCUGUAGAGCACACAUAUAAUGAUCACAGGGCUUCAUAUCGCCUGCACCUUCCAGUACAAGUUUUCCUUAUGACGUAGGACAAAAAUGAUGAUCGUUGAAUUAAAACUUUCAUAAUUUUAUUUGAAGGUGUUUUCAGGGUCUUUUUCUGAGAGGAUUAUUUCUGAAAUACCAUGUAUGCUUAUGAGUGGUACAAGCGUAAUGUAAAUUAUAAGUAAAUCAUAUCAGGUCAUUCGCUGUCGAGUUAGUUUAAGCGAUUACCAUAUCAGUAUAAAUUAUCUAGAACAUGUUCAAGGUACAAAAGAAAGAUUGCUUAUCCCCUGACCUAUAUUGUCAUUCAAUUAGUUUAAUCUGAAUGGUAUUAUUGUAAUACGUUAUCAUUUCAUUAACAGAACGAAAGAACUUCUUCUGAUAUUCCGCUUUUCUUUUCUUUAGUAAUUUUGAAUUAUUGUGAAAGCUUUCUGGUCGUUAAAUUGUUUUGUUUUGUAUAUUUGUUUUCAAAUAUUGACCUUACCCCUCGAUGCUAUUUGUUUAUAUAUUUUAAUUUUUUUUAUUCAAAGUGCCGUUAUUCUAAAAUGUUGAAGGCACAGGGUAAAUGACUGGUACACGUAUGACUUUAACUUUUUUUGUUAAUGAAUUGUUUGGCUGUUGAUAGCCUUUAUUCGUACGUGAAUGGUAUAUCUAUUUUGUACAUAUGUAAAUAAAUAGUAUGCUAAGGAAGACUAUUUUGAUUAUGAUUAUUGACUUUUGUUGACCAAUCCGCCUUUGUUUGGAAAAUAUUGUUUGUUAAAAAGACGCUUGAUCUCGUCUUUGAAUGAUACUUUUUUUUGUUGAUGACUAAUAUGACUGAAUUCAUUUUUUGCCGAUGAAUUAUUUGACUUUUGUUUAUUAUUCAGUUUAAAAUGUUACUUUGUUGCUGAUUGCUAAUAUGAAUUUGGAUGACAUGAGGGGUUUAGAUGACUUGUACUACUUUGGAUGAAUUUCUCUUUUUGUUUAUGACUUUAUGACAAAUUUCGGUUAAUAACUAGCUAAUUUAGUUAUGCACUUUGCCUUCAAGGUGAAUAAUAAGUAAAAGUUCAUACGAAAGACUUUGUUUUAUAAAAGAAAUAUUAAAUGAUUUUGGUGACCACGGUGUUAACAUAUUGCUAUCUCUCUACACUGAAACUUGUAUGCAAUGACUUCAGUAUACAUACAUCUCUGCACAACAACUUAGUGUCAUGUUUUUAGACAUCAGACUUGCCGCAUUUUUGCAUUCCAUGGGGAACAAAUUUCCUCUAUGUAACAGAGCAGUGCAUUUCCAUAGUUCGACCCCUAUAUAAACCAAUCAAUUAACCAUGACAGACAAAACUAUACUAUUCGAUGAGCGUAUGUAUUUAUUAUUUGUACUAUUUCAGCAUAGUUAUGUGUGAUAUCCUUGUAGCUGAUUAAAGAUAGUUGUUAUAUUCAUUGCAAAAAUA